AUGGCUAAGUUAUGGUGCUUUUUGUGCGCAAUCAUAUUGCUUCAAGUUUCAAAAGCUGUCAUUUCAAAACGUGAACAAGUCACUACACCUCCAUUGCCAAUCCUACCAUUACCAUCGUUUUCUCAAUUGAAAUGGCAAGAAAGGGAACUCAUUAUGUUUCUUCACUUCGGUGUCAACACAUUCACUGAUUCUGAAUGGGGCACUGGUAAAGAAAACCCUGCCAUUUUCAAUCCAGUCGGGCUUGAUGCUAACCAGUGGGUCAAUGUGGCGGCAGAAGCUGGAUUUUCUCUCAUGAUAUUAACUGCAAAACAUCACGAUGGAUUUUGCUUGUGGCCUAGCAAAUACACUGACCAUUCUGUGGCAAGCAGUCCAUGGAAAAAUGGGCAUGGAGAUGUUGUUCAAGAGCUCGUCCAUGCAGCCAAGAAUCACGGUGGGGUUGAUGUGGGACUGUAUCUUUCUCCAUGGGAUCGGCAUGAUAAAAGAUACGGUCAUGAUUUGGAGUACAAUGAAUACUACUUGGCUCAGUUGCAAGAACUUCUAAACAAGUAUGGGAGCAUCAGAGAGAUAUGGUUUGAUGGUGCGAAAGGUUCAAAUGUACCAAACAUGUCAUAUUAUUUCUCAGAUUGGUUUUCAAUGGUGAAAGAGCUGCAGACUUCCAUCAACGUAUUUUCCGAUGCCGGUCCGGAUGUCAGAUGGGUUGGAAAUGAAAUGGGGUUCGCCGGAAGCACAUGUUGGUCCACCAUUAACAGGACGUCACUUUCAAUUGGAAAUGGAAGCAUUGUUGAUUAUCUCAACACCGGUGACCCAAAAGGGACAGACUGGUUGCCAGCAGAAUGUGAUGUUUCAAUUCGAAAAGGAUGGUUUUGGCAUAAAUCAGAAUCCCCAAAGAGGCUAAGCAUUUUACUUGACAUAUACUACAAUUCAGUCGGACGAAAUUGUGUGCUAUUAUUCAAUGUUCCUCCCAAUUCGUCCGGCCUUAUAUCUGAGAAUGAUGUCCAAAGAUUAAUAGAGUUUAGAGGUGCAAUCGACAAAAUAUUUUCUACAAAUUUAGCUGAGAAAUGCUCGAUAAGAGCUAGCAGCCAAAGAGGGGGAAAGGAUAGCGAUUUCGGGCCCGAAAAUGUGCUGGAUGGUGACCAUUUGUGGACUUAUUGGACACCAAAAGAAGAAGAGUUAGAAGAUAAUUGGAUUGAGUUCAAAUGCAUUGACGAAUUGAGGUUCAAUGUUAUUAGAAUUCAAGAGGCGAUUGGUCUUGGCCAAAGGAUCAAACAACAUGAAGUUUAUGUAGAUGGUAAGAAGGUUGCUAAAGGGACUACAGUGGGACAUAAGAGGCUUCAUAGGCUCGAAGAGGGAGUUGUUAAGGGCCAAAUUGUAAGGAUUAAGAUUCUCAAAUCAAGAGCAGUGCCAUUGAUAUCUUCCAUUGGCUUGCAUUAUGACCCUUUUUGGCACCCAAAUAAGAUGUGA